AACAGAAAACAGGUAUGCCUUUAAUUUUCGUAUGGGACUGAUUUUUAAUAUGGGUUGGCAUGUUAUAGUAUAAGCAUAAUACACAGAAGUGUAGAGACGGUGGUAUUGUAACACCGUAAAGUGUUCGCAAUCAGUCAGCUGACGCCUCAGUUUGUUUAUACAUUGGCAUCUGUCGUGGGAGGCGUGCCGCCACUGCCGCGCCCGCCGCCUCACACCAAUGAACCCUCGCUGUGCUCACCAUACACACUAAGGAUGCUGGAAGAAGGGUCGGUGUCUGGGGCUUCCUCAGGGGCCUCCUCCCCUGAGCCUGAGGAGCCCUUCAUCCCAAAGUUCAAAGUCCAGUUUAGUGACAAUGUGAACAAGGACGGAGACUCAGUGAAGUUCACGUUACAAGUUUUACAGGAUGGCCUUAUGUCUCAUGUGCUGGAGCGGGAAUUUGAGGACUUUGAGUACCUGGACCACUGUGUGAGCACCGGCCAGGCAUCCCGGGGCCUCAUCAUCCCUCCCAUUCCUCAACGCUCAGCCAUUGAUCCAUACAAUGCAGAAAUACAGUCCAAGAGAUUAAUGGGGAAAGGAUCCAAGACUCUCAUUGCUGAUGAGUUCCACAAAGACUGCCAGCAGUUACAAAAGUACCUUGAACUACUACUGUCACAUCCUGUAUUAGGCAAAAAUGAGAAGCUACAUGACUUCUUGAAUGAGAAGACUCCUCCACCUAGGACCAAGGUUAAAAAAGGUCUGAUGAGUAAGUUAUCGGACACACUGGACGCCAGGAAGUCAUCUUACCCGGACAGUGAGGAAUUCUUUCAAAAGGAGCGUGACUGGGUGACCAAGUACCAGCCAGCCAUUGCACACACCAGUGAGGCCUUCAACAAGAUUACCUGUGCUCAACUCAGAAUAAGCCACCAGCUGGAGCAGAUGGUGACAGCCCUGAAGGUGAGCACCUGUCCCAAUGACCAGGUGUACAACAGGCAGUACAACAAUAUCAACGCCAUCUUCCUGGACUGCAUGGACAAGCUCAAGAAUGAGACGGAGGCGAAGGGGAACCAGGAGGACAUGGAGCUUGGGUCGACGGUUGGCCUGUGGAGUCGGUACCUGCAGGCUGAGAACAACAUGCUGCUGGACCGUACUUGCCUUAUGGUGGAUUAUCAGUCAUGCAACCGUGCGCUGGACAAGGCCAAGCCCAACCGCAAGGAGGCGGCUGAGAAAGCUAAAAAGGAGGCAGAGGUAGCCUUUGAGGAGUGCAGCGACACAGCACGGCAGGAGAUCAAGCACUUUCAACGGCAGCGUGUGCAGGAGAUGAGGGAGUGUGUGGAGCGCUACGCAGCCUUCCAGCUCACCUCGGCCCGGACCUCCCUGAAUGCCCUGUCCAUCGCUUUCAACCAAAUCAAAGCCAUCAACUUGUAGGUGGGAAGCACCGCCACACAGCACAGCCAGAACUGGAAAGUGAUUCACCUUGCAUGGCAGGAGUUCCAGCAGCAGCAGCAGGUGUUAAGCUCCAAUGAAGUCAGCCCAGCAGGUGUGUGGAGCAGCUUGAGCCGCCACCAUUGAUGUUGUUGUUCCUCAGUAUUAAGACUGUGAAUGAAGGCAGUGGAUGUUAGUGGAUGUUAGUUAGGACUGGCUUCUGGUGAGGGUGGAGUGUUGGGAGAUGUGGCAGCUGUUCACCUCACCCACCAACUACUUCAUACUUCACCACAACACAAGUCAUUACUUUGUAAAGAUUGCUGUUCACAUUGAGCAAUUACUGAGGCAAUGUGAGUUCCUUUCAUUAAUAGCACCUUACUUGCUGGCAGCUGAUUUAAUUUUUUUUUUUAUGGUCACAGUAAAGAAAUAUUCUUAUUGAUUGAGUCCUCAAAUGAUUUGUAUUUCAAACAUAUUUACCAAAGACCAAGUAGUCAUUUUGUAACUAAGAAUUCUUGAGAGCAAGGGAGGGAAGUGACAUUUUCCAACUCAAUACCGUGAUUUAAGUAAUAAAUACUGUUGGCAACAUUUCAUUACAACUGCAUUGAUGAAACCAACACACAUUUCUGUGAUGGUUGUUAAUAUGACAGGGAGUUGUGAAUGUUUAACAUGAUUAAUUUCAUGCUGUGAAUAAAAUGGAAAAUUUUACUUAAACCAAUGAAGAUUUAAGAAACAAUUAUAUAGAUGUAGUCACUUAAAAAGUGUAGUAGUAAAUUGAGUUAUACUUAGAUUACAGGUUAUUCACUUUUCAUGGGAGUCUGAAAGACUGAGUGUACCAGCCCAUCUGUAUUUGUUUGUACCUAUUCUUUAAAAAAAAAUUUUUUUUUUCUUUUUUCAAACUGAUGAAGACAUGGUUACCCAUUAUAGUUCUCUGGAAUUGAUUGCCUUUGAGGCAAUGAUGUACAUGAUAUAAAUAGUAUCUAUGAAUAAUGAGGAAAUUUCUAAAUCAACAUUUGUGGCGUGUAAAAUAUAAAUAAACUGCAGACUCUGUGAUGCAAAGUAAUGUGAUAAUUUUGAAGUCAUUUAGGAAUCAUUGGCUGAUGACAUUACUAUGUCAGAUUAAAGGAAAAGAAAUAGUUUUGAAGACUGAAGAUGCAGUGUAUGCAACAACAUGUGUUGCUAGACAUAAAGACAAAAUUGGGUUCUUAUUUGAUAGUCUGACUAUGAUUCUGUGUCUAAAGUUAAUUUUUCUAAACUUAAAUCAUCUGACAAUUCCUGCCAAGUUAGAAAGUUGCAGACCCCAUUAACAUAAUAUUUCAACAAGGUCCUUCAUUACAUCAAGACCCAAUAUUACUAUCUACCUGCUUCCUUGUCCAGCCAUGUUAUGAAGUGUUGCCGCCUCCUGGCAAAACCAAAUUUACUGCGAUGCCAUGAUAAGAUCUGCUCUUUCUCAAACUGUCUCCUAUAAAAUAAAUUCUGUGGUGGAUGUAAAUAGAAAUACUGGCAAGGGUAAUGAGGUUUAUAUGGCAAGGUGUCAUUCACCCACUGCCAUAUGCUGGUCACCCAGCCUGCCAUUCCCUGCUGAAAGACCUCAGUCCUCAGAGUGACUGAUCUCCGGGCAUGACUGAGACCACUCACACGCCACACACCACAUGUCACACCACACACCACAUGCCACACCACACACUGGGACAGUAAGGCCACAACCUCUCAGUUUACAUACUGUACCAAGUUAACAAUAGUUGAACAGAGACUACACACUGAGGCUCAGCCAUCUCAUCUGCCUCAAAUUUAAACCCUGUCAGUUGUGAGCCGAGCAUCCUGACCACUACACUACACUGCACUACACUAUACAAUCUGAUUGUCUUUGAGGCAGUUAAGUACAUGAUAGAAAUAGUAUCUAAUUAAUGAUGAGAAAUGUAAGAUGACAUUUUGUAGCUUGUAAAAAAUAAUGCUGCAGACACUCACCAAAGAAACAUUAUUAUAUAUGGAAAUAAUUUUUGAAAAAAGUGGUUGCAGUGUGUGUGUGUGUGUGUGCAUGCAGAUGUGAGAAGAUGAGUUGUGUCUAUGUGUGUAUUUACCUGGCUGUAUUAUAAAGGGUCUGAGCUAACUCUUAUCUGUUCUGUCUCUAAAUCUAUAGUUAUCCAAUUUCUCUAAUUUUGUCACACUAACAUGUGUAACCGCCUCCUCACUUUAACUAUUUAGAGUUCAACACAUUGAUACAGGAAACUUGAUAUCACCGAGAUAUUUACUCUUCAUCUUUUUUGUAUGUUCUCUGUAUAUCCAGGCCUUUCAACAAUUUUGUUCACUUGAAUUUACAGAAAAUGUUCAGUUCUUCAAAAUUUGGCUUUGCAUAGUUUAGUGUGCUAUUUCUGUGUUCUUUCCAAUCCUUUUGCUUCUAUCCCUUCUAAUUCUUGCUGAGUGACAACAUGGUGUUCUUCAUGUUUGGCUUGGAUUCUGCCUUCCUGGUACACAUGGUUAAACAUCAAGCACUGUCCUUCUCCUCUCUACCUUAUGAUCUAAAAGUACUCAUUAUUGCUGAUUGCAUUAUUUCUCCACUCCACAAAUCUGCAAUUUUCCCGACUUAUAACUCCUCCCAGUUGACUUUUUGGCAAGCAAGGUCACCCUUAACCAAGAUCUUUCUUUUUCUGAACAUGUUAUUUGAGCAUGUCCAUGCUUUUUACACCUUUCUAUGCUCAUCUGUCUUCCAUAUAGUUGUCUUGGUUGGUAUAUAGGUGACAGUAAUUAUUCUCUUUUUCUAAUCUACAGUGCUCAAACUUCUUUAUCUUUAUCUUUUUGAUCUUAUCUCCAAUCCUUCCUCUUCAAAUUAUAUUUGUAUUUCCUCUUUUAAUUUAAUCUCUGUUAAAUAUACAAUAUCAGGCUUGUUAUCUCUUGGAGUGCUGUAGGCUUGUUAUCUCUUAGAGUGCUCUAUCUCUUUGUUCCAAUAUACCUGACACAGUCCCAUCUAUAUUUGUGUGUACAACCUUCAUUAUAUUACAUUCCUUUUCAGUCUUAAUAUAUUUCCUCUCUGUUGUUGCUCCUCUUUCCUGGUAUUCUUCAACCACCUCUUUAUUAUCGUAAAUCUACAAUUUUCCACACAAAUUCUUUCACUUGAUCUAUCAUUUCACAAUUUUUUGCUUUAAUCUCUUCCCUCAUUCUGUUCAAUUUAUUCCUUUCUUUCUCAUCUAAAUGUCCAUCUUUGAUAGUUUUAUACCCUUGCCAUUACAGUUUCCGCUGCCAUCUGAGUGUAUGUGUGUGUGUGUGUGUGUGUGUGUGUGUGUGUGCCUGUACCAUGUGUGUGUAUGCAUGCUUGUGUGUAAACAGAAAGAGUUCUGGACACGCAAACAAAAUUUUCAUUGACAAGACAAAGCACAAAUUCCCUUUGGUGUUCAUGGAAGUGUUCCACCUGGAUGAUGCAUUGUGCAACACCACACUCAGUAAAUGACAAGUGCCGAAGGAAAGGUGGCACUUCACAUGCUUCAAAACAGGAGUGUAACUGUUACAUACUAAUUAAACACCUUUAUGAACGGCAAAGACAAAACAGUCAUUGUGACCACAUGCCACUUGGAGUCGGCAACAAUUGGGUAAUGUGGCUGGGUUAGUGUGUGAAAGAUCAAAGGAACUGCUGGAAUAGAAAGAUUUUUCUUUUUUCCUUUCCUGUAGGAAAUCAGUGCUCUUUAAAAAGUGAUAGAUUAACAAUAAAAUGCACUGGGUGGAGAGGAGAGAUCUUGUCAGUAAAAGUCUGUAUUAAAAGUGGUAGUAAUGAAGAAGAUAAUGCUUUCAUAUGGUGUGCAUGGAUGUGGUUCAGCUGUGGCAGCACCAAUUAAAGAGAAUAAUGUUAAUCAAAUUAACUUAUUUUUGAUGACUAAACAUGAUACCAUAAUGGAUAGCUGAGACUGCUGUUGCCUCCUAUUGACCAUGUCAACAUAAAUCUGAACACUCACAGCAGCACUACAUUUUUGUUUAUGCCACAGUUGACCAACACCCUUGUGGUGGAUCCACACCAGAGCUCAAAUGUGCAGUGUGGCAUCACUUCUUGCUGUGGACAUCACAUCAAAAUUUCUCCUCUCUUACCACCAUUGAACACCUGGUCCUCACCUGGGAAUGGCAGUGUCUCCCACAGAGUAGCAAUAGUCUCUUGUGUGACACUGCUGUGUCAUUACCAAGAUGUCCCAUCACUUCACCACUGUCACUUCAUAUCAGUGUGCAGUGCAGCCUUGUCAUUGUUGCCCUGUCAAUGGAAUUCUACUAAAUUACUCAUGUUCUCAUGUGAAGAUUUACUUAACUGCUUUGUAAUGGUCUAAGUAGUACCACCAACUUAGUUUACAUGUGUAUCACUUAAUUGCUAAAAGGGAAAGUUUGAACUAUGAACUGCCUGUCAGCAAAAUUAUGAACAUCAAAGGGCAUUUGUAGAUCUAUGAAAAGGAAAGUAACACAUUCACACAAUUCCAAUUUUUUUUUCUCUGAGAGAAGCAGCUUCCUGAGUGGUGAUUGCUGCCUCAGGCUUGCUGUGUGUGUGCCAAAAGUGGAGGUGGACAAGAUAAUGUGUACUAAUUUAAUAUUUAUGAUUAUUGGCCUGUGCUAAACAGUUCUUUAGAAAUGCAAAUACAAUAAAACCACUUUUCUCUUUCUUGUUGACAUUGCAGCUUUCUGAUGUGAAGACUUCAUAUAAAGAUGACCAAAAUUAGAAUAUUUUCAAUUUACAGUGUAUUAUGCCAUCUGACAUUUCUCAUAUGGAACCAAAGAUGUUUGAUACCCUUAGAGCAUAAGUUAGCUGUGUUAGUGAGUGUUGUGUGCAAGGCAGGUGGUGUCACGUUGCAUCCUCUCAGAUGAGCGAUAUCUGAGUGUGAAUGUGUGCAACUUUGUUUUUCUGACUUUUCAAUCCUGUGCCAAACAGUCACUAAAUAAUAUGGUAUCCACUACAAUGUAUUUUUAUGCUGUUACUAGAUCUUCACUGAUAAAUUAGCUGACCUGUAAUCAACUGUUAAGUGUUUAUGUAUAUGAUUUAUGUCAGUGUUUAAUUCUAAGCUCUUUCUACUUAUGGUAUGCCUAGUCACUUUUGUUACUGUGCAUCAGGCUCUUUAUAGUUUUUGAUAAAUCACUUGCUGAAUUCAAGAUCACUUUUGUUUUCUUCUGUAUAUACAUAGAUUACAUUGUACGUAGUUGAAAUAUAUCAAAUUAUUUCUUGGCAAGAUAAUAUUUUUUGUUAAUAAGGAGCAGAAGAGGACUUUUUUUUAACAUAUGAAUUAAAAAUGAAAACUUGUCAGAUUAAUUAGAUUUAUAUCAGAACCUGCUGGAAAAAAAUUAUAUUAAGUUGAUAUUGGAUGAUGACAAAUGCCAAGCUCUCACCUGCACCUUGCCUCAUCUCUCAUCUUUUAUCCAGCUCACUCCAGACCACCAAUAUUGUAGUACACUUGCAUCCUGCAACUACCAUGUAACAUUUCCCAUUCUUCAAACUCCAAAGAACAAAUCAAACAUUCUUGGCUUCCUAACCUCUAUAUGCAACAGAUAUAUCUACCUCUUACUUACAGUCUCUAGACUGCCACAUAGAAUCUUUUAAUGGCCAAGCAGUGCAAGCAAUUUUCAAAUGAAACAUAAUGCUGUAUGUCGCUGUGUAAUUAACACCGAGAGGUUACAAACUGCCUGCAAUGUGCAUUUGUGCUAACAACCAUAUUGUACUUUUCCAUCAGUGUUUCAUGACAUUUCUCUCCUCAGCUACACACAUACAUUAGAUGUCUCUCAUCUGCCUCACAUAAUGAAGUUUGUACUAUCUGAUGGAUUUAAAAUCUCUCACACUAGCUUUGCCUUUACAUUUGCUGUUCUCUCGUUGGUCAGCUGCCUGAACAGUACAUUGUUUCUGUCAAAUAUGAUCUACUUUGGUAGGACAGACAGGCAGGCAGGCAAAAAAUGGCCAGUAGUACUUUACUUUUCACAGGUACUGUACUACAGUGUAUCACUGAGCAGGGAUUGAGCCCAGGAGUAGUGGCCAGCACUAAAAAUUGACAAAUGGUGAAAAAAUGGAGUGUACACAAAGAUGAUUCUUAUCUUGCCAAUCCAGUUUAGAUUUUUUUAAAUCUCAUGCCUUUGGAGAUCUCUAUCAUGAAAUAGAUGCAAACUGAUAUGUUGAUGUGGUUUACUGAAAUAUUACCAAAAUGCACCAUAAAUUUGUGUUAACAUGGCAGAAAUUCCUUGCCAUUUUUAUGGAAAGUGCAGGCUGGCGAACAAGUCUGGUAACACUGUAGUGUGUUGUGCACAGAGAUAUGUGAUGCAUACAAACAAUUUGUUUUCCUUUGUAUAUAAUUUUUUUCUAUUGCUAUUCACUUGCAAUUUUACUCAAUAAUUUAAUGAUUUAUCUAUAAAUAAAAUUGUGGCACUCAACAUCAACAGCUAACCAAUGUGAGAGAGAGAGAGAGAGAGAGAGAGAGAGAGAGAGAGAGAGAGAGAGAGAGAGAGAGAGAGAGAGAGAGAGAGAGAGAGAGCGCAUGCAUACGUGCAUGUGUGUUUGUUUGUUCCUCACUGGAGUGACAAAAGAGGGAGGAGUGAGAUGGUGAUAAACAUUACUUACUUUCUGUUUACAAUAAUCUUGAUGUCCACAACUCUUCAUUGAGUAUCAAGUAAUGAUUGACAUACACCUUAGUGACAUAAUAGGAUUGUUUUUCUUCUGUGGAAGGUCAACAUCUUCACCAGCUGUAGUGCGUGUGUGUGUGCCUGCGCGUGUGUGUGCGCAUAUAUAUGCGUAUAUAUAUAUAUAUAUAUAUAUAUAUAUAUAUAUAUAUAUAUAUAUAUAUAUAUAUAUAUAUAUAUAUAUAUAUAUAUAUAUAUAUAUAAGAUGUUCCCUUUUUGCUUAUUGACUGUGGAAGAAGAGGCAUUGGUGGGCAUUUUUUUUUUUUUUUUUAAGUAUUGUUUGUGCAUUGACUUUCAAACAGUAGUAUAUGAAUACCUUUUCACGGACAUGAAGGCAAUGUUUGCCUUGGAAUUAACUUGCCUUACAUGCUACUCUAGGGGAAGGAAAACAUCAGUCUGUCUUCUUUGGGCAGAAUUUAGUGUUAGGUAUGUUUUGUAACAAGAAUUUAUAUUAAGUGAGGAGCUGUUCUCUUUUUAUAAACAUGAGGCAAAGCAUGGUGUUCUGCUGUCUUCUGCCCAUCAUAUCCUGCACUGCUUAUGAUGCCUUCAUCCUGAGUAUAAAAGAACAACACCUCUAUUUCUUUUGCAAGCCAUUCCAGUGAUUAGUUAGAGCUUAUGCAUUACCAAAGUUUUCCUAGUCUUUCAACAGCUGGUAGUGUCAUUUACCAGCUGCAACCUAAUUGGAAUCUGUUGCCAUGAAAGUGUCAUUUACAGUCAUUGGGUUACAAGUGUCUUACUGCUGAGUUGUCAAGCAUCUUGUCCUCUUGAGAGGAUUGUGGCAGUCAGUGUUGAAAUAUGCAUCAUUCACUUUGUGGCUGCUAAUUACGUUAUGUUAGAUACUAGUCCUUAUGCCAAAGUCGUAGUGUUAUGGAAUGUAAUAUUAUAAUAUUUUGUUUUCCACAUUUGGUUGUAUGUAUAUUUAGUUGCUAAACUUUAUUAUGUUCCAAGUUAGAAAAUCUGCACAUUGAUUUUGGCUGCACCUCUUUGUAUCAGUGUUAUGUAAAAGUUGCUGUGUUUUCAGCUACAAAGAGAACUUCCUCUAACUGGUCUAUUUGGAAUUUUGCCCAACAAAAAUUUUGUUUGUUAAAUUUUUGAUUAAUGAAAGCAAGUGGUGCCAGCCAGCCAUGGAUAGGUUGAGCGAGUGGAAGCCGUCAGUUGCUUUCAAUUGACACUAAAUAAAUGUUAACUAUUAGUCCUACCAGCAUGGUAAUAACUUUGUAUUAUUCCUCAGGCAAAGAUAGACAACUUUGUAGAAUAAAAAUGUAUGUGGGUGAAGUUAAUGAUAUUUAUAAGAGAGGAAGGCCACCUUGAAAGUGUAAGAAUUGGUUACACAAGUACGUACAGGCGUGAAACAAAUAGGUGGUAGGAGGAGAAGAUUGGACAAAUAAAAUGAGAGAGAUUGGACAGAGCAAGGUGGAGUCUGCUCUCCCAUGUCAUCCCCCUGACACUGACAGGCAACACUAGUGGUAAAUAUUUUCUUAGAUUCUUCUUAAGAGAAAGUGAAGCAUCAGAGAUCAAUCACUAAACACAACUGUUAUUAUUAUCUACAUCUCAUAAAUGAGUAUUCCUGUUGAUGUAUAAGAACACUUUUUGAAAGUUACAUGUAGGUCUAAAAAAAUUUUCCUAUCCAGUCAGUGUCUAAGACAAGACUAUUUUCAAGCUUUAUUUUUAGAAAAUAAUGCAUCUAUGAUGCCUAGAAAUGAUCACUUAUUCUUUUUUUUUUUUUUUUUUUUUUUUUUUUUUUUUUUUUUGAUAUGCAAAGGUUGGUAUAAAGUUCCUUAUUUGCAUUACUAUGGGUACAUAUUUAGAUAUGAAUGUGAAAAACAUUAUCAUCUCCAUUGAUGACGGGACCUGAUCUGGUCACCGGACUGCAGUAAAGCAUGUGACACUUCUAUCAUUCCAGCAAGUGAUAAUUUGUAUGCAUAGAGAUGAAAGACAUGCAAUGUAGUGGAUAUGCAGUGUUAUACUGAAGUGAAAAUGAUUGUGAUACUCUGAUGGUUUGUGCCAGCCUGAUCAAUUUUUAUGAUGCUCUGACUGUACAGUACAUUUGAUCAUUGUUAGCGGCAAAAAUGUUUAAAAAUCACAGUCACAGUCAGGAGGAUCUCUAUUGAAAAUCACAAGUGGUAACUCAUACUAUUCUUUACCAUGAUGUUUACCAUUAUUUUUCUUAAGUCAGUGUCAUGGUAAGAAUGUAAGAAUUUUCAUAUAGAAUAGAGGUGCUCAACAUUUCUAUUGUCAGUUACCUCUUUGAUUUGUAAAAAAUAAAAAUAAAUGUAGACAGUG